AUGCUCCUGGCGGCGUGCGUGGGGAGUGAGGUGCGGCCCGCGCCCACGGCGAUGCCGCCGGCGGCGGACAUGUUCCGGGGGAUGAGCCUCGAGGAUGCUCCCCAUAAGCCGCAGUCGGAGCCAGAGCCUGAACCUGAGCCAGAGCCUGAGCCGGUAUACGAGGAGGAGGUGGAAUUUUCGAGUUUCACGUCUCCCGCGCCGGCUUCGGCGGAGGAGAUCAUGUUUGAUGGGAUGGAGAUGGCGGAGCCCGCAAGAGAGGAAGCAUCAGAAGAUUUCGCAGACUUUGCAUCGGCAACUCCGGAGCCCGAGGUGAAUCCCGAGCCUGUAGCGGAUCCCGAGCCCCAGCCCGAGCCUAUGGUAGAUCCCGAGCCCGAUUCUGAGCCUGAGCCUGAGCCAGACGUGGAGAAUCAAGAGCUGGAGGAUGGCUUCGACGAUCCCUUUGCGGCUCCUAUUGAGAACAUGCGAAUGUCCGUGUCUCAUGAUGACAUCCCUUCGGUGGUUCCAGUCGCCACCGCCGAUGAGGAUGCAGAGGUUGAGGAGUCGGCGGCUGAAAGAAUAACGGCCGAGGAGGAGGAUGCCGAUAAGUGGGCAGCGUUCGGGGAUGCUCCAACACGGGAGCCGGAGAUGGAGGUUGAGCCGGAGCCUGUAGUGGAGGAGGAUAUCUUCGGUGAGUUCGAGUCCACUCCGCCGCUGCCGGUCGUUUCCGAGCCGGCGAACACCAAGUACGACGGGUUCACCGACUUUGCGACUGCACCGCCCCCCAUCGAGAGUCCUGCGGCGUCCAUGACACCCGCGGGUUCGUUGGACGACCUGUUUGGACCGAUGGACAACAAGCCGAUGUCGAUGUCAACGGAAGAUAUCCCCUCGAUUGUUGCAGUGGAGGCUCCCACAGAAACCGAGGUGGACGACGACGACGACGACGACGACGGCGGCGACGGCGGCGGCGGCGACGACGACGACGACGACGACGGGUUCGGAGAUUUCGACGCGGCGCCGUCACCAGCGCCGUCUCCCCAACUCGCGGACUUGUCAGACGCCCCCACGGGAGAGGAACACGCGCGGCCGGUAGCCGCACCCGAGCCGUCAAUUGACGACCUGUUUGGUGCGCCCAUCGAGGACAAGCCUCUCGAUAUGGACAUGUUCCGAGCGCCCGGGGUCGUCACCCCAUCAGCGCCGACGUCGGUGGAUGAUGCCUUUGGCGCGUUUGAGUCGACGCCCGUAGCUCUGGAGACAGACGGCGCAGACGACGGAUCGCCGGCGUUUGCGGAUGACGCCUUUGGAAUCUUCGAGCAGUCCACCGCUCCAACGCCUCCGACGCAGGCCACGAAGGACCCUUUCGCCGAGUUUGCUUCGCUCAUUUAG